AUGGGCUCAAACAUCACAUUUGUGAAGAGGGCGCGGGACCAGCACUGUUUUGGCUGUGUGGUACAUCGGGUUGCUGGCGCGCUCCCUGCAGGCGGCUUGGCUGGCGGCAUCGAGAUCUGCAUCACCUUCCCCACGGAGUACGUGAAGACGCAGCUGCAGCUGGACGAGCGUGCAAACCCUCCACGCUACCGGGGCAUCGGGGACUGCGUGCGCCAGACGGUCCGCAGUCAUGGCGUCCUGGGGCUGUACCGUGGCCUCAGCUCCCUGCUCUACGGCUCCAUCCCCAAGGCGGCCGUCAGGUUCGGCAUGUUCGAGUUUCUCAGCAACCACAUGCGCGACCCCCAGGGGCGUCUGGACAGCACUCGAGGGCUGCUAUGCGGCCUGGGCGCCGGGGUAGCUGAGGCUGUGGUGGUCGUGUGUCCCAUGGAAACUGUCAAGGUCAAGUUCAUCCAUGAUCAGACUUCGCCCAGCCCCAAAUACAAAGGUUUCUUCCAUGGGGUUCGAGAGAUCGUGAGGGAGCAAGGUCUAAAGGGCACAUACCAGGGCCUCACGGCCACAGUGCUGAAGCAGGGCUCCAACCAGGCCAUCCGCUUCUUCGUCAUGACUUCCCUUCGGAACUGGUACCGAGGGGACAACCCCAACAAGCCCAUGAAUCCCCUGAUCACGGGGGUCUUUGGCGCAAUUGCGGGUGCUGCCAGUGUUUUCGGGAACACUCCACUGGAUGUGAUCAAGACCAGGAUGCAGGGCUUGGAGGCGCAUAAGUAUCGGAACACCUUGGACUGUGGUCUGCAAAUCCUGAGGAAUGAGGGGCUCAAGGCGUUCUACAAGGGCACCGUCCCCCGCCUGGGUCGUGUCUGCCUCGAUGUGGCCAUCGUGUUUAUCAUCUAUGACGAGGUCGUGAAGCUGCUUAACAAAGUGUGGAAGACAGACUGAACCCGGGGUCUGCUAAGCCAACCCCCACAGCUCACGUGAUUCCUGUGCAGCAUGCCAAAAGGCCCCAUCCCCAUGUCCUUCGAGUUCUGUGGCUCUCAAGCCGGUGUGUCCCUGUCCUGCUGUAUGUCCAUCCCUGUAGUCUGUGUCCAGCUGGGCUGUGGCUGGGUGUCCCUAUGACUGUGAAUCUGUGCCCGUGUGUCCCAUGUGCUUGCUCUUGAGUCGUGUACCUAUGUCUCAUGUUCCGUGUUGUGUCACCCCGUGCCCCGUUUCCCCGGGGUGCCCAUGUGGCCUGGGUCCACGGCCCCUGAAGCCAUGGCCCGGUCCCAGUCCGGUGCCUUCCACCCCGGGCGGCAGGGGCACCCUGCCACAGCCGACCACAGCUGCCUCCGGGCCUCCGCCUGGCCUCAUCGCAUUCCAGGGGCUCCGUGCCCCCUGCUUCUCCCGCCACUGGCCUUAACCGGCCCCGGGCCCUUCCUCCGCCCGGGACAGGGUGGCACAUGCCACUCAGGACCACCCGCCCACGGCAAAAUAAACCGGAUCCUGUCACA